AUGCUGGUGGUGCUGGUGCUGGCUAUUUUGCAAAUCUUGGCUGUGCCAUUGUCCUGGCGUAAACUGGCAUUGGGUUCCGAAUUGACCUAUUUGGGGUGGCAGUUGUCCUUGCAUUCUGGUUUCUGGGCGUCCUUGCCGGAAAGCAAGCAAGCGAAGGUGCUUAGGGAGCUGGCUUGGUGGAGGUUGCAUCCGCGACGGGUGCCUCGGAAGAAGCUCUCUCAGCUCUUGGGGUUUCUGCUUUGGGCGACUCAAGUGCGGCUCGCAUUGCGAGCUUUCCUUGCGCCUCUCUUUAUCAAGCUGAACAAGCCAGGAUCACGCUUGCAGUGUCUGAGUUUGGGGCAAUUAGAAGAGCUGGCCAUGAUCCUGGGGGACGGGCUGGUAGUCCAGUCUGCUGCUGCAAGAAGCGAUAUUCAAAAGGGGUGGCGUUUGCGCGCUGUGGGCGGCAAGACAGUUGAUUGUGUCAUCAAUGCGCGUCGUCUGCUGCAACAGCCCCGAACGAUCACGGGCAAGAUUUGGGUCCGGUUUUCGGCAUGGACUCCCUGUGUGGAUCUGGAUCCGGUUUCGUUAUCCUCGUUGCACACUUUACAGCGGGUGUUGUGCACCAACAGUUUCUCUUGGGCCGGUGAGAGGGUGGCUGAGGACGCUGCGGCGGAUGCCUGGGCCGGGUCUGCUCUCUCAGGCAUAGGAGGUUGGUUUCGUGCCUUGGAGUCAAACAAACUGUUUUGGUUCCACCUGGAAAUUGAGCAGGGCCAAUUACCCGAUCUUUGGCUGUGGCCGGAAAAGAUGCAAGCAGCUAUAUGUGCUCUGGAGCUUUUAGCGCAGCUGGCUCUGGUUCUGGCUCGCGCAAAGGUUGAUGGGAACGCUCAGUUGCAUUGUGCGCGCUUGCGACAAUAUGGCGACAACAUGCCAGUGGUCGCGGCUUGCAGUAAGGGCAUGUCCACUGCGCUGCCGCUGUGCUUUGCGCUGAUGGCCUUGGCUUUUGCGGCUUUGGAGCUACAAGUGGCCUUGGAGCUGUCCCAUGUGGCAGGCGAGCGGAAUGAAGAGGCUGACUUGCUAAGUCGUUUGAACCACCCAGAAGCGAGGCCAUGGCCGUUGGUCAUGAGGGCCAAGUUCCCUGAGGCAAAUCGGGUGCGUAUCACCUUGGCGGACGUGCUGGAUGAUUUGGUACCGCCCCAUUUAUCCUGUCUGGUACGUGGCCGAGUCAACGAAUACCUUCAAAAGCGACUGGACAAUCCGGUCUUCCACUCAAGACUCUAUGUGAACGAAGAAGAGCAAUUGCUCUUCUUCCCCGUGGACAACAGCCGUUCGAGCGAGUCCUCCAAGAAGGGCCUGGCACGGCUGCGGCGGAUCUUGGACCAGCUGGCCUUGGAACAGGCGGAGGAUGCUGGAUGGAUCCCCACUCGCUGGGCUCAGUUCUAUACGGUGAUCGCCUCGAGCGAUUGGAGCUCACCCAGACCCUUCGUCACGCUGGAGGAGUUGACUUCAAAGGCAGCGCACUUCGGGAUCAACUGCCAGGAGCUGGAAUCGUGCUUGCGCCUCUUCCACGGACUGGGUCAACUCUUGCACUUUCCAGGCUCGCCCGCGGUGGUCUUGGAUCCCCAAUGGCUUUUGGAAGCCAUGGCGCAAGUCGUGGGAUGCCCUCGAGUGAUGCAGGGAAACUCGCACCAAGCUACGGCAUUGCUACAGAAGGGCGAGCUCUCCAGAGAGUUGCUGCACAAGCUUUGGGACAAGGAGAAGUUUCAUGGUCAGGAGGCCACUUUACGAGCGUUCCUGGAGCAUUUCAGCCUGCUGGUGCCCGUCGCAGGUAGCACCUUGAGCAGCCCCAGCCACUGGCUGGUGCCCAGCCUGCUGCCGAAACGCCGCUCUGGACCCGCCCAGUCGGAUCAGGUGGCGCAGGCGGCGCUGUUCUUCGACUUCCACGGCGCGCUGCGGCAGCUGUUGCCUUCGCUGCUCCCGCGGCUCUUUGGACGGCUUCAGCUGAAACAUGAGACCUUGCGCGGGAAGAUGCUGUGCCAGGAGACUUUGGUCUUCGACAUUGCAAAAUAA